CUCACCUAGCUAUCUAUAUACACCCCCACACCUGCGCCUCCUCUUCUCCUCUCUUCCUCUCUGGGCGUCCGGUGUGUCUGUCUAUCAGGACGACGCGCGUGGCCAUGGGUCUCUGAGGCACUGGGGCACGCGGGCGCCAUUGAUGAGAGCACCCCUGACGACGGCGGUGGCCGGACGCGAUGUCCGUUGUGGCGGCCGUGGGGCCCGGCGCCGCGCCGGCGUACGGUGGUAAGCUGUGCGGCGGCAGGGCGAGGAAGAGGAAGGACGUGGUCCAGGACCAGGAGGCGGAGGAGGGGCGGGGCGACGGGUGGCAGCCACAUGGGCUGUUCGUGCUGGAGACGGUGAAGGAGGACGAUGACGAGGAGAGGUCAUCCAUCGGCGUGGUGUCCGAUGAGGAGGACGAGGAGGGGGAGGAGGUGGACAGCGGGGGGACGGCGAAGAGGAGGAAGGACUCGGCCGGCGCGCUCGCGUGCAUGGACGCCCUGGACGACGCGCUCCCUACCAAGAGGGGGCUGUCCAACUUCUUCUCCGGCAGGUCGCGGUCGUUCGCGAACCUGCAGGACGCGGUGGCCGCGGUUACCAGCGCCAGGGACCUCGCCAAGCCGGAGAACCCCUUCAACAAGCGCCGGCGGGUCCUCCGGUGCUGCUCCAUCCGGAGGGUCAACUCCACCUCGCUCACGGCGCUGCCGUCCUUCUCGCCGCCCGCCGGGAACGGCAUCAACGAGGGCGCCGGCAGUGGCUGAAGAAUGGACGACGAUUGAUACUAGAAAUGAUCGAGGAAUCACAAGAUGAAUUGAUCCUUUGUAAUAGUUUGGGAUCUCAACUCAUCAACCAUGAUCGAUAACCUAGAGCUAGGCGUUUCUUUCUUUCUUUCUUCUUUUAGCUACCUGCAAUCAAACACUGUCAGCAGCUUUGCAUUGCGUUGACCUCCAAGAGAGAGCACCAAACAUGGAGUGGAGUAUUAUUAUUAUACCACAGCUAGUGCCCGCUGUAAUGAUCUCAUUGGAGAGAGCUAAUCAAGCUAACUUUUUUGAACA